UACUUUUUACCGAACUCGCACUCUCGCUCGCCGGCUCGCGCUCGAUCGCUGGCUCUCGCAGCCGCGCACGACAGCGAGAGGAGGUGAAAAAGAGAGUAGGCGAGACGACAAUGCCGUUUUGAUUAAAGCGAAACCGAAGAGGCGACGCAAUGAGAGAAGAAGCUUCGCUGCCACUUGUACUACUGUCGUUCCAGCUUUUGCGCUCUCCCGUCUUCUUCCCCCGGAAGCGAGAAUUCGCAGAGGAUCCAUGGCGGCCGCGGCCGGUACGGAUCGCUUGAUCCGUAAGAUCCACGGCUGCUUCCGUCCCGCUCCUCCUCCUCCAGGUCCAGUUUCUUUUGUGAGGCACUUCUCAUAUAAGGACAUAAAGAAGGCAACGAACAGUUUUUGCAGGAUCAUCUAUAGCGAUACUCAUGGGGCUGCUUACAGAGCCAACUUCGAUGAUGCUGGGCUUGCUUUGGUGAAAGAGGUUAAGGAAUUUGAUCAGAGUAAAGAAGUCUUCUACAGAGAAGUGCAGCUCUUAGGCCGUUUGCAUCACCGCCACCUCCUUGCACUUAGAGGGUUCUCUAUGGAGAAAAAAUGUUUGUUAGUGUUUGACAAUGUUGAGAACGGAAGCUUGAAGGACCAUCUCAAUGAUCCUCUUAGGACUCCUUUGAAUUGGAGAACGAGACUACAGAUAGCCAAUGGUGUAGCAGCUGCAUUGGAAUAUUUGCUUAUCUUCAAUGAACCCCCAGUAUAUCAUGUAUCUGUCAACUCAAGCAGUAUCAUGUUGGAUGAGAACUUCAUUGCCAAGCUAUCCGAUGUUGGUUUUCUUGGUUCUUCUGGGAAUCACACAGGACCUGCUGAUCCAAAAGAUUGUAUCGAGGCAGAAUGCAGAAACAUUAUUUUCCAGCUCGGCGUGCUGAUCCUGGAGCUCAUCACUGGGCAAUCGUCAGAAAAGGAAGGCGCCGAUCUGAUCCAGUGGGUUCAAGAAUAUCAUUUGGGUAGCUCCAUCUAUAAGCUGAUAGACCCAGAUCUUGGAAAUGACUAUGAUUCAAGGGAGCUAAGAAAUCUCCUGGACGUAGCCAGACUAUGUAUUAAAUCAAGGGAAAAGCCCGUCUUGUCGGCUGCAAGAUUGUUUCGGUAUCUCCAGAAGAAGAUAGAUACUCCAAUCGGUUAAUUCUUGAAGCCAUUCGUUGAUACUAUUUCGUUGGCUGUGUAAAUUCAUGCCUAUCAUCUCUAGCUGUAUCUUCUCUUCUCUCUUUUUUUCCCCUUAAUUUUUUUUAUUUUAUUUUAGAAUCAGAUGAUGGUAAAACACAUGCGAGGGUAUAGUGCUGGGUGUGUUACGCAGGUUAUAGCAGAUAAUGAAGGGCUCUAGCGUUUGAUAAGAGGCUUCGAAACGCCAAGACCCAAAAUGAAAUAUGGAGUCAUAUGCGAUUUGCUAUUCACCGUUUCUAUAAUAUUAAAACACAAGGAAAUCGUUCACUUUUACAGUACUGAAAAAUAAUGUUUUUUAUGACUCCA